GGGCGGGGCGGCCCGGGCCGGGAUCCGGUGCCGGCGGCGGGCAGGCGGUGAGCGGCGGAGCGGUGCGGAGUGCGGAAGGCAGCGCCGUGUCCCGGAGCGCCGGGGAGCCCCGGCCGCGGCCCCUAUGGAGAAGUAUAAAGCUCUCGAGCAGCUGCUCACAGAACUUGAAGACUUUCUGAGGAUACUGGACAAGGAGAACCUGAGCAGCACUGCUCUCGUGAAGAAGAGCUUCCUCUCUGACCUGCUGAGGGUGUACAACAAGUCCAGCGGUACAGGAGGCGAUGAAGAAUAUAUUUACAUGAACAAAGUGACUGUCAACAGACAGCAGGGUGACCAGGAGAAGCAAGACAAAGCUCUGGAUGGGAAAAACUCCUUGACCAAUGGAGACUUGGGACUGCAUUCAUCCCCUCCCCAGAAGAGCCUUCCAGAGCUGCCCCCUCCAAAGGAACAGACCUGCUCUUCUGCCUGUCCUGCUGAGAGGAGUGGGGUUUCAGCCCUGCAUGCACUGAACAUCCUAUCCAGGAUUUGCACAGGUCCCAAUCAGGAGCCAGUUGAAGUGAUUCCCGAAACAAAGCAGCCUUUGGUUCCCAAGAUCGAGUCCCCAGAGGGAUAUUACGAAGAGGCUGAGCCAUACGAUGUCUCUAUGAAUGGUCUUUUUGGUAGGCUUGCUGCGGCUGGACCCAGGCCAGGGUUGCAGGUUUCUGAGGGCGUUAUUUACGCCACGAUAACAAUGGAAGAUGGUGAAGCUGUUAGCAGCUCCUAUGAAUCUUAUGAUGAAGAAGAGAGCAGCAAAGGCAAGUCAGCAACCCAUCAGUGGCCAUCCACAGAAGCCACCAUUGAGCUGAUGAAGGAUGCCCGCAUCUGUGCAUUCCUGUGGAGAAAGAAGUGGCUGGGACAGUGGGCAAAACAGCUGUGUGUCAUCAAGGACACCAGGUUGCUGUGCUACAAGAGCUCCAAAGACCACAACCCUCAACUGGACGUGAAUUUGCUGGGCUGCACUGUCAUUCACAAGGAAAAGCAAGUGAGGAAGAAAGAACACAAGCUGAAGAUCAUCCCCAUGAACGCCGAUGUCAUCGUGCUGGGGCUGCAGAGUAAAGAUCAGGCAGAGCAGUGGCUCAGGGUAAUCCAGGAGACCAGUGGUCUGCAGUGUGAAGGAGGCAGUGAAGGCAACCAGUACAUCCCAGAGUCACAGCGUCUCAAUUACCCAAAGGUGGACCUCUCCGAGAGGUAUUCUGCAGCCUCAGAGAGCGGCAGCAGCACAGAUGGGCACCCUGAGACAGUCGAGACAAAGGAUGUUAAAAAGAAGGGCACAGCUGGCCUAAAACUAAGCAACCUCAUGAACCUCGGGAGGAAGAAAUCCAGCUCUCUGGAUAGCCCGGAGAGAUCCCUGGAGACUUCAAGUUACCUGAAUGUGCUAGUGAACAGCCAGUGGAAAUCCCGUUGGUGUCAGAUAAAAGAUGGUCACCUCCAUUUCUACCAGGACAAGAACCGAAGCAAACUGGCUCAGCAGCCCCUAAGUUUGGCAGGUUGUGAAGUUAUCCCAGAGCCAAGCCCUGAUCAUCUCUAUUCCUUCCGCAUCUUGCACAAUGGGGAAGAACGGGUCGUUCUGGAGGCAAAGUCCUCGGAGGAGAUGGGACACUGGCUGGGGCUCCUCUUGUCUGAGUCAGGCUCAAAAACAGACCCAGAGGAAUUUACCUAUGAUUAUGUGGACGCUGACAGAGUCUCCUGCAUCGUGAGCGCUGCAAAGAACUCUUUCUUCCUAAUGCAGAGGAAAUACUCCGAGCCCAAUGCCUACAUCGACAACCUGCCCAAGGGGAGGGUACAACAGGAAGAGCUCUAUGAUGACGUGGAUCUGCCAGAUGUGCCAGUGGAGGAAGUACCCAAGAGUGAGAGCAAGUUGGAAGGGGACCAAGAUAGGGUGUACCUGGAUCUCACCCCAGUGAAGUCAUUCCUGCACUGUGCUGGCAAGAAGCCAUGUCAGCCUUCAUCCCUGAGCUCACCAGCUCUAGAAAGGGCUGGCAAUAAGGCUGCAGCAGACAGCACUGCUGAGACAGCCCCAGCGGAUAAGGAUGCCGAGCCCUGCAAAAAGGAGGAGACAGAGCAGAAACACUCAGAAAAGCCGGAACCUGAAGAGCCACCACCACAGGUGCCCACUGUGAAAAUCCAGACACAGCAGCAGAACAUCACCUUCCCACAGACCGCCCCUGAGCCACCAGCAGGCUCUGUACCAGUGGGCAGCCCACAGCUGAUGCCCGCACACCGACCCAAGAUGCCACUGCCUGUGGCAGCGGUGGAAACCAAGCUGGGCAAGAACAGGACAGAGGCAGAGGUGAAGCGGUUUACGGAGGAAAAGGAGCGGCUGGAGAAGGAGAAGGAUGAAAUCCGGGCUCAGCUCACCCAGCUGCGCAAGGAGAGGCGGGAGUUGAAGGAGAUGCUUGCAGGAUGUACAGACAAGAACCUGGAGCAGAGGCUGAAGGAGAUAGAUGAAGAGUGCAAGAGGAAAGAAAGCCGAAGGGUAGACCUGGAGCUGAGCCUGGUAGAGGUGAAGGAGAACCUGAAGAAGGCAGAGUCUGGUCCUGUGACGUUGGGCACCACUGUGGACACCACGCACUUGGAGAAUACAGCUCCCCGGACUCAAACAAAACCUGCCAGUCCAGCAACUAGCGCAGAGAGCUCACCAGUCAACUCAGCAACGGCUCUGAAAAACAGGCCUUUGUCUGUCAUGGUGACGGGGAAGGGGACAGUCCUACAGAAAGCUAAGGAAUGGGAGAAAAAAGGCGCAAGUUAGAAGUACAUUUUUCAGAGAUGGACUAAAGACUGGAACUGCCCAUGCAUAGAAAAGGGGAUUCGAACACCAGUAGGUGGAUGUUGGGUGUGCAGCACAACCCACACCAAGCACCUCCUCCGCCUCACGCCGCCUGCUUGGAUGCAGCAGUGGAGUCAGCAGCUGCUGCUACCACUUAUCCCAAACAAUCUUGCUCUUUCCAGACAAGUCCCAUCACGUAGCUAAAACAAUAACAACUGGUGGCAAUCCUUGCAUCAGAUUCCUAACCCAGUUACUGUAAACAAGAAUGUUACUGUACAUAGGGGUGUUUUGUGUAUUUCUACUCUGAAGGUUUAUUGACGAGUUAUUAAGGUUUCUAUAUUAGUGACAGUAGUGAGUUCAGGGCGGUCCUCUGCUAGUCUUCAUCCCCCCAUGAUUUUCAACCUGUCAUGGCAAAUUGCAGCCAGCUAAAGUCUCACCUGCCUUGCUGCUGGCUGUCCCUCAGCUGCAGAUCAUCCAGAUGCCCAGGUCUGACUCAUCAGCAAGACACAGAUGAGAAGCACACAGGCACCUGUCCAGUAGGAAGGACCCUCUCAGCAUUACAGGGAACUAACUGCACAUACACAUGCAGCAAGGAUUUUCAGUGACCAAUUGCAUCAUGCACAGGCUUAAUGCUACCAGCCUGUGGUAGGGUUGAUUUGCCAGAAUGUGGAGGAGGAUGCCUGCUCACCUUCUCAUGCUGUGUUACAGACUGGUGGAACCAAGGGCUCUGUGCAAAAGUGAUCUUCCAAACAGAGUUACUAAAAGUUCUUGAGGAUCUUGAUCUCCUUCACCUGAGGAGUUUGUUCUGAAAAAGAAUAAUCAUAGUUGAAGGCUCGUUAAUGACGUACCAAAGUCCCAGGCCUGCUUACCCUGCUGAAUGAGGAUGCUGGAUAUGAUGCCCUUUCUGAGAGGAGGUAAAGGUAGCUCUGUGCUCCUGCUCUGGCACUCAGCACCACACUGCUGAUGCUCUCUGGUCCCUGUGGAGCUGCAGCACGACCCCUAGCAGCAGCUGUACAUUGCUAAACACCCCUGUGGGAAAGAGCCCCUUUGCAUGGGUUCAGAUGGGUGCUGGACCUGCUCUCCUCCCUGUCUCUGGAUGGCUGCUAGCUGUCCUGGUGCUAUCACCCUUAUUUCUAGAUCAGUAAAACUUAACAUAGUCUUUGGAUGCUGUGUACUUGCAAAGCUCAUCCCUAUGCUCCAUGGCCAAGCUGUUCAAUGAGAGAGAUUGUGUGCCUGGAACUGCUAAAACUUAGAGAUAUUACAAUUCAAAGAGAGGCACAGAGAAAUCCAUCCACCUGGAGUUUCCUCUCCAAAGCACAGGGAGGUCAUGGACACCAAGAAGCUUUUGUUUUGCCCCAUCCUAAGCUGUCAGGAGCUUCUGUUCCCACCCUAAGCACACACACAGCACCACGCUCUCCUCCUACACCCUGCUGUCUGCAGAGCUUGUUCAGCUCUCUCACAGCUGUAACCAGCUAACAUGGAUGAGAGCAGCUGUGCUUUCUGCCCUGUUGGCUCUGCUGGGUGGUAAACGUUUCCCAGACAAGAAUUGUUAAGUAAUGUCUCAGCGUCCCCAUUGUUUUCUUAACUCAAAGCAUUUCCUUUAUUCUAACUGUGACCUAUAAAGUGGCGCUUUAGAGGGUUUUAUAAUAAAAUGUUGAAUAUA